AAACUUUUUUUGAAUCCUGUUUGAUUAUAUUGUAGAAUGCUAGUACUAAGGUACAUUUUAAAGCGCGAGAUCGUUCUUCAUAUAAAAUGCAAAAAUGCGUAAACAUUGCUGCAAAAUGCGCAACAAACUUAGAAAAAGUUCUUUUUACUUGGUGUCUUUGAAAAAGCAGCGCUUUAUUUUAGAAAACUAUUAAAUAAAUAUUUAACAGUUAAGCUAAAUAUUCAACACAGGUUCUGGCGUCAAAAGUAGGUUCUAAAAAGCAAAGACUCAAUUCUAUAGAACUUAAAUUUGAAAGUUAAUGUCCGUAACUUUAUGCACACCUCUACUGUACUGCGCUGCAAUGUGUUUUGCGCGAAAGAAGAAUCCCGGACGUUGAGUUUGUGUAUUUGCGCAAAGUUAGUACAAUCCAAAUUCGAGAGCUGUACCAUUCUCAAACCCCAGAACCCUCUGAGAUAAACCUCGAAAGGGCUUUAAUCUCAAAGAGCUCUAGCGACGAGAAUAAAGCAAUACUUCUUCAUCUAUUCAUUUACAUAGCAAAACCUAAACUAUUUUUAUAACGCAAAACUUACCAACCUCGUCCCAGGACUCCUUUUUCCUUUUUUGAUAUUAGGGACGGCGCGAUUUGUGAUCCGGUUGGGAAAGUGGUAGUCAUACUCAAAAUUUCAGUCUAGUGUUAUUUUGUAACCUAUUCUGGGUAAACAGGUUUGUCUAAGCUUGGUUGUUAUAUUUAAUGCCGGUUGUGUCAAGGUAUCCGAGGUUUAACGCUAGGUCUUUUAUUUCAUAUUUUUUAUCGGCACGGCUCAACAAAUUCUUUUGGGAAGAAAGAUAAAAAGCACUCUAAAAUUAUUAGCCAUUAGAGGAAAGCUGUGGGACAUUGAGCCCUAUUUGGACUAGACAUAAGUCACCCAGAAAAUAUUUUGUAACUUUGUCCAAGACUAUUUUAUCUGAGAAGGUAAAACAAUGAAUUUUUUUAGUAAACGGGAAGUCUGAACAUUAUAUUUCAUUUUAGUAUUUUUUUACGCAUAGAGAAGUUUAUUCUAAAAAGUGAUCUAAUUUGUGUUCUUACCACACGCGCCUUUAUUUCAUCCUUCUUCUAUAUAGAGGAAACACUAGGGCGCGGCAGGCUCCAAAAGAGGAAGGCAGAUAAAAAUUUGGACUGACAAAAAAACUCUACGUCAAUGAUGUCGAAGUAGCCGCAAAAUGAGGUAGGCUUCUACCACACAACCUGCUGGUGCGCCAGUACACUUGUGGUGGCAAGAUUGGAUUGAGUCCAAAUUUUUUGCACCAUUUUGGCGUUGCAGCAUGUGAUAAGAGCGUUAAAUCAUGUGUUAUUUUUUUUCAAAAAUAAAACAUAGUUUCAACAAAGAUUGCAAACUUCUGACGGCGGCGAUGUGCGUUUUUACGAGUGUUUAGUUUAAUACCAUAUCUUCUUUGCCCUUCAAUUAUCGAUUAAGGACUAAUUGUCAUUACCUUAAAUCAAGAUUGUUAUUGUUGCCGUUUAUUUUUUGCAGGCUUUGCAGUAAAUAGCUCAGUCAGUGGCAGCAUAGUAGUUUUUUGUGCUUGAGAUUGAAUCAUAAAGAUCUUUCAAACAAAGAUGAAACGUGCAAUUCAAAACGUAAAGAAUCUAAAUUCUUUUGCUCUUUUGAAACGAGGAGUAGUAACACAGAAUGUCUACACUGGAUUUAAAGGGUCUGUUGGAAACACUCCUCUGAUCAAAUUAGAAAAAGCAAGUGAGUUAACUGGAUGUAACAUCAUGGUGAAGGCCGAAAUGAUGAAUCCUGGUGGUUCAGUUAAAGAUCGUGCUGCACUCUAUCUUAUUAAAGAUGCUGAAGAAAAAGGCUUAAUACAACCAGGUGGAACUAUUGUGGAAGGUACUGCUGGAAAUACAGGCAUUGGGCUUGCGCACAUGUGUUUGACGCUUGGUUAUAAAUGUGUCAUCUUUAUUCCAGAUGAUCAAACACAAGAAAAAAUAGACAUGUUAAAAGCCUUGGGAGCAGAUGUUAGAGCUGUCCCUCGCGCGCCAUUUUCUAGUCCUCUAAACUUCAAUAAGCUGGCUAUGGCUUAUGCUCAAGAAACCGAGAAUUCAGUUUGGACAGACCAAUUUGACAAUCUAGCCAAUAGGAGAGCUCAUUACGAAACUACAGGUCCGGAGAUUUGGGAACAAACCAAUGGCAAGGUGGACUGUGUUAUUUUUGGUACAGGGACAGGUGGAACAUUAAGCGGAUCGGGAAUGUUUUUAAAAGAACAAAAUCCCUCCAUUAAAGCAUUUUUAGCCGAUCCGGAAGGUAGCGUUCUUUACAAAUAUUUCACGACCGGUGAGCUCGAACGAACCGGAGACGGAUCAAUCACGCAGGGCAUCGGACAAGGUCGUGUUACUAACAACGUGAACGGAAGUCCUGUGGAUCAAGCGUUUCAUAUCACCGAUAAAAUGGCAGUGGAAUGGACUUUUAGAUUGCUUCACGAAGAGGGUUUUUUUGUUGGUUCUUCAUCGGGUUUAAACGUAGCUGCAGCUGUGGAAGCAGCCAAACAACUAGGUCCGGGACACACUAUUGUCACCUGCUUAUGCGACAGCGGACAAAGAUACUUUGCAGAUUUGUUUAGUAGGAAGUGGCUGGAAGAGAAAGACUUGUUAGAAUCGGUACCGGAAGAUUAUCGCUUUUCUCUAUUUAAAUAACAAAGUUGCUGGAAAGACCAGAUUUGUAGCAGAUCACGUUAUUUUGAAAACUUGUGUAGUCUUUUAUGAAGUUUUCAAUGUUUUUAUUCCGUACUAUUUAUUGAUGAAUUUAUUGUUACAGUUGAAUUAAAAAUAGCUAGUAAUUUAUAAAAUUAGAUCAAAUAAGAUAUCUUAUCUACUUUGGAACUUUCAAAACAAAUUAAAUGCUUAAUUAGCGAUGAGCCAGUUAAUGCUUCCUGUUUUCAUUUUAACUUUUACGUUUUUACCUUGUCUGUCUGUUUUGAACAAAUCGCGUCCCGCUACUGUUCUACUUAUUCUGAAGUAUAAAUGACCGUGUGAUUUUUUUUUUAAUUUUUUAAAAAGUUAUAUUUGUGUUGUGUUGCUCUUAGAAUGAAUUUCCUUCUUUCUUAUAACUUUUCAUUCUCGACUUUCCUAAACAAGGUGGCUUCUUAUAACUUCUGGAAAACAAUUUCCUCCUCAAUAUAUUUUUAAAAAUACCUUUUUUCUUUAAUUUUAUAAAACCAAACUAUUAUUUCUCAUGAUCACAUCGAAUUUCAAUUUUGGUGGCUACCUUAAACUACACAAUUUUAAAUUUUUAUAAAAUAAUUUCACGAGAAAUUUCAUACUUUGACAUUUUUAACGUGUUUUUUUUAAUAAUGUCAGAAAUUUUCGCGAGCAGAAAUUUUCGCGAAUCGCGUUAUUCAUAAAAUGAGGGCCACCACGCUUCCUCGAUUCUCAUCAAUCCUCCUCAAUUUUGAAAAGUCUUCUUAAGUCUCCUUCAAAAGUAGAUUUUGCAACUUUCUACUCCAAUCUCCUCAAUACCUUUUAUAAAAACCUAUACGGUUUUUUAAAGAAGUACUACAUUGUUACCGAAAUAAUUUCUUCUUUACUUGUGUCGUAGGAAAAUUUCCUCAAUUUUUAUUAAAGUACCGUCAUCUUCUCAAAAAAGCUUAUAAUCCUCAUUAAAGGACUCAAAUUUGACUCGAUAAAAAGAGUGGCAACCAUGAAGAAAUUUUUAUAGAAUACACGAGACUGUGUGGAUUAAUCGCAUCUGGAUAUUAAGAUAGACAUCUAUAUCUUGGAAUUAUUAAAUGCCUCAUAUUUACUUUCAUGUAGGUUUUUUGGAAGCUCAAUUUUGCGAUUCAGUCAAAAAGGAAAUUCGCGAGAUUUUUUUUUUUUUUUUUGCGAAACAAGCAAAAAAUUUCUAAGCGUACCCUGUUUAACAUUUUUCAUCCUAAUUUCGCAAAACUUCUUGCCCUCGAAAUUGACUAACAUCAAGAUAUAUAUACCGCGUCUUUUCGCUGAACCACCGCGGUUUUUUUUUUCAUUUAUUAUAAAACUUUCUAAUCCAGCACUUAUUACUUGCAACUGAUAUACUUGAUUAUUUGGGUGUGGUACCCCUAACUGCAAUAAAAUAUUCCUUUCUCAAGCAAACAAACUUCCCCUUUUGUUUAAAGAAAUCAAUUGUAUAAAAUGUAUGUCUGUUCUUAAUUACAUAUACUGCAUAUAAAUUUAAAACAUUUAACUUUAGGCGCUUUAUUUAUGAAUACUUUUGUAUACUCAUAUCUUGUAUUAGUAGCUUUUGGCUGAAUAAAUGGUUUGCUUACA